AUGGCUAAAGUCUUGACAGAGUCACAAUUUCAUUCCGAAGUCGUAUCUAAAUAUGUUGACGUUAUCGGUGAAAAAUUAGGUGGAAAAAUCCAUUCAUUCUCUGAUGAGUGGUUCGCUCAGGCUGAAAACUUGAUCAAACCGAAAGCACCAAUCAGAGACGCUACUAGAUUCACCUACGCAGGCGCAUGGUAUGAUGGAUGGGAAACAAGAAGACACAAUGAGGAAGAGGCUGACUGGGUCAUCUUCAAAUUCGGUGUAAGCUCAGCUAAUUUGAUAGGGUGUGAGGUGGACACUGCGUUCUUUAAUGGUAAUCACGCACCAGCAAUUUCCGUAGAGGCUGUCCAGGUUUUCAAUGAUGAUGAAUUGGAGAAGUUGAGUGAAAAAGAUUGGGAAACUGUGAUCCCCAAAACUGAGUGUGGACCUAGUCAAAAACACUUUUUUGCCAGGGACAAGCUCACUGAAAAAAACUACACUCAUGCUAGAUUGAGAAUGUACCCAGACGGGGGUAUCGCUAGAUUCAGGUUGUAUGGACAUGUCGUACCAGUAACGAAAAAUACCUCGGACGUGGUUGAUUUUGCAUCUGUGAAGAAUGGGGGUGUCGCAAUUAAAGUUAGUGACCAGCAUUUUGGUACUGCUGACAAUUUAUUGUUACCUGGAAGGGGUCAUGAUAUGAGUGAUGGUUGGGAGACAAAAAGAUCUAGAGAACCGGGCCACACUGAUUGGGUCGUGAUUAGAUUGGGGGCUCCAGCUAAAUUGCAAAAGAUUGUCAUUGACACUGCUCAUUUCAGAGGUAACUUUCCACAAAAGAUCAAUGUCAAGGGAACUAUUGUCAAGGAUGAAAAUGAUAUCGAUAAUGCCGAAUGGGUCACUGUCGUCCCAGAUUCGAAAACCGGAGCUGACAAGGAGCACGAGUUUGCUAUCGAAAAUGAUCAACCUUUUUCACACAUUAAGGUUACUAUCAUCCCAGAUGGAGGAGUAAAGAGAAUCAGAGCAUUUGGUGUGAAAGCCUAA